UUCGACGAUGAAUACUCCACCCUGUUCAAAUAUAUCUCUACGGCUUUAUCGCACGACAUAAACAACAAAUAUAUUCUCUACGAAUAUAUACCGAUUUUGCGUCCCUUUAUGUCCGACCCGUUGACCAAAUUUCGUCAUAAUUUUAAGAAAUGUUUCGAUUAUACGCUAAACGUAUUGAAAACACACGAAAACACUUACGAUGAAAGCGUUUGCCGAGAUUUUUGCGAUUUGUUUAUCGCAGCUAAACGUAAGGCAGAGGCCGAAUGUCGGCCUGGCGUCCAGUGGCUAACAGAUGUUAACGUAUCGGCCACGUUGAUUGACUUGUUUAUAGCGGGUAUCGAGACAUCAUUUACAACAAUCCAAUGGUUGCUAUUAUUUAUGGACUAUUUUGAGGACUGGCAGCAAAAACUUAGGGUAGAGGUCGAUGAGGUGUUGGGCGAUAGAGUGGCCACAAUGCAAGACAGACCGCGUAUGCAUUGCGUGCAGGCAUUUCUCGCAGAGUCCCUACGCUAUCGCACCGCCGCCCCAAUCGGCUCUCCGCGGAACACACUUUUGGACACUACUAUCGCCAGCCAAACAAUGGUUGUGCAGCACACAUACAAUAUGUCUAUGAAUGAGAAAUACUGGCCGCGAAGUAGUGAUUUUGAUCCGGGUCGUUUUCUGGACAAACAUGAUGACGUGAACACAAUCAGCUCCAUAGACAUCGCUCCGUGCGCUGCCGAGCCCUGCGCUUUCAAACGGGGCACCACUGUCGCCGUCACCGGACUAUUCACACCGUCGAGCGCCGCGCAGUCGUGUCGUAUGGAAAUGAAGGCAGAGUUGGGCGGUUGGUAUCCCAUUGUGGACGAGUCGGUGUGUCCGCAAUUCCUCGACUGUCCCCUCACUCCCGGAGCCGUCAAUACACUUAACUAUAAGAUUCUGGUCGACGACGCGUUGCCAGCCGUGAGUUAA